GCCAGGGGCUCGGCGGCGGCGGCGGCGUCUGGCCCCAGCUCCUCCUCCUCCUCCAUCUCCUCGCUCCCUCCAUCUGCCGUGGGUAUGGCCCGUCGCUGGAGCACAAAAGAGUCUCCGCGGCGGGGGUCGGCGUGGCUCUUGCUUUUCCUCGCUGGGGUGUACGGAAAUGGUGCUCUUGCAGAACUUUCUGAAAACGUGCCUAUUUCAGGAGUGUCGACUGCUUGUGGAGAGACUCCAGAACAAAUCCGAGCACCUAGUGGAAUAAUCACAAGUCCAGGCUGGCCUUCCGAAUAUCCUGCCAAAAUCAACUGUAGCUGGCUCAUACGGGCAAACCCAGGGGAAAUCAUUACUAUAAGUUUCCAGGACUUUGAUAUCCAGGGGUCCAGAAGGUGCACUUUGGACUGGUUGACAAUAGAAACAUACAAGAAUAUUGAGAGCUACAGAGCUUGCGGGUCCACGGUGCCGCCCCCAUACAUCUCCUCACAGGACCAUGUCUGGAUCAGGUUUCAUUCAGAUGACAGCGUGUCCAGGAAAGGCUUCAGACUGGCGUACUUUUCAGGGAAAUCUGAGGAGCCAAACUGCGCCUGCGAUCAGUUCCGCUGUGGGAACGGAAAGUGUAUUCCAGAAGCCUGGAAGUGUAACAGCAUGGAUGAGUGUGGAGACAGCUCCGACGAGCAGGUCUGUGCCAAAGACGCCAACCCCCCAACAGCUGCCGCUUUCCAGCCGUGCGCCUACAACCAGUUCCAGUGUCUGUCCCGCUUCGCCAGAGUGUACACCUGCCUCCCCGAGUCUUUAAAGUGCGACGGUAACAUUGACUGCCUGGACCUCGGGGACGAGAUUGACUGUGACGUGCCCACGUGUGGACAGUGGUUAAAAUACUUCUAUGGUACUUUCAACUCCCCCAACUACCCAGACUUUUAUCCUCCCGGAAGUAACUGCACCUGGCUGAUAGACACUGGUGAUCAUCGGAAAGUCAUUUUGCGCUUCACUGACUUUAAACUCGAUGGUACUGGUUACGGUGAUUACGUCAAAAUAUAUGACGGGCUGGAGGAGAGUCCGCGGAAGCUCUUGCGUGUGUUAACCGCUUUCGAUUCCCACGCCCCUCUCACGGUCGUUUCUUCCUCUGGACAGAUAAGAGUGCAUUUUUGUGCUGACAAAGUAAACGCUGCAAGGGGCUUUAAUGCCACUUACCAAGUAGACGGCUUCUGUUUGCCGUGGGAAAUACCCUGUGGAGGGAACUGGGGGUGCUACACGGAGCAGCAGCGGUGCGAUGGGUAUUGGCACUGCCCGAAUGGAAGGGACGAAAUCAACUGUACCAUGUGCCAAAAGGAAGAAUUCCCGUGUUCUCGGAACGGUGUCUGUUACCCUCGUUCUGACCGCUGCAACUACCAAAACCAUUGCCCAAAUGGGUCAGACGAAAAGAACUGCUUCUUCUGCCAGCCUGGCAAUUUCCACUGUAAAAACAACCGCUGUGUGUUUGAGAGCUGGGUGUGUGACUCCCAGGACGAUUGCGGGGACGGCAGCGACGAGGAGAACUGCCCGGUCAUCGUGCCUACCAGAGUCAUCACAGCAGCCGUCAUAGGGAGCCUCAUCUGCGGCCUGCUGCUCGUCAUCGCCCUGGGCUGCACUUGCAAGCUUUACUCUCUGAGAAUGUUUGAACGGAGGUCGUUCGAGACCCAGCUGUCCCGCGUGGAAGCAGAGUUACUCCGGAGAGAAGCCCCUCCCUCGUAUGGACAGUUGAUUGCUCAGGGCUUAAUCCCACCCGUGGAAGAUUUUCCAGUUUGUUCACCUAAUCAGGCUUCGGUUUUAGAGAACCUGAGGCUAGCUGUCCGCUCUCAGCUGGGGUUUACUUCAAUCAGGCUUCCUAUGACGGGCAGGUCCAGCAGCAUUUGGAACCGGAUUUUUAAUUUUGCAAGAUCACGUCACUCGGGAUCGUUGGCUUUGGUCUCAGCAGAUGGAGACGAGGUUGUCCCGAGUCAGAACAGCGGCAGAGAAACUGAAAGGAGUCACCUUCACAGAGGCUUGUUUUCCGUGGAAUCUGAUGACACCGACACAGAAAAUGAGAGAAGGGAUACGGCAGGAGCGGCUGGUGGGGUGGCAGCGCCUCUGCCCCAGAAAGUCCCUCCCACCACAGCCGUGGAAGCCACCGUGGGAACAGGUGGGAAUUCCUCGGCCCACAGCACCCGAGGUGGUGGCCACGUGGAUGGAAGGGAUGUGUCCAGUGUGGAAGCCCCGAGUGUGAGCCCAGCGCGUCACCAGCUCACAAGCGCUUUAAGUCGCAUGACUCAGGGCCUGCGCUGGGUGCGGCUCACGCUAGGUCGAUCGAGUUCCACCAGUCAGAACCAGAGUCCCCUGAGACAGCUUGAUAGCGGGGUGAGCGGAAGAGAAGAAGACGAUGACGUUGAGAUGCUAAUCCCAGUUUCCGAUGGAGCUUCAGACAUUGAUGCCAGUGACUGCUCCCGGCCUCUUCUCGAUCUCGCCUCAGACCAAGUACAAGGGUUUAGACAGCCCUACAGUGCAGCGAACCCUGCAGCCAGAGCCAGUAACCGCGAUGGCCCCUGCCAGCGCUGUGGCAUCGUGCACACCGCCCAGAUACCAGACACUUGCUUAGAAGCAACAGUGAAAAACGAAACCAGUGAUGAUGAGGCUUUGCUGCUGUGUUAGGAUGGAAUCCCCAGAGAGACUGUACGAGCUGGAGCAAUAUCCAUUCAUUGUUUUGUAACUUCACAAUUAAACUAGUUUUAGUUUAAAACAAAAAAAUGCAGGGUGAUUUUUUUUAUUAAUUAUUAUUAUUAUUAUAUGUUAGCCUGCAUGGUUGAAUUAAAUAACGUGUUAACUCUAUGAGCUAGAGUUUACUGGUUUAGCAGUUAAAAAUGCAUUAUGUAUUUGUUUUCUUCUGUCAUGUUCUUCCAUUUGUUUUUACUUUGUUUUAAGUCCUGGUACUUUAGUUUAAUGGUAAAAUAUGGCUGCUUUAAUUCACUGUCAUCUAUCUCAUGUUAAAAGGUUUAAUUGAAUCAUUUAUGCUCUUUGACACCAUGUAAUUUAUUAUACUAGAUGCUAAGGUUGUUAAUGUACAAAAACAAAAAAAGAAAACAAACUCACAUGAUCACCUCUUUAUUUGCAUUACAUUGUCUGCUACCGGAUUUCAUCAGACGGGCCUGUCAUAGGGAAAAGAAUUUCCUCUCACAUUUAACACACAAUGAUGUAAUAAAACUGACGUACAGUUAGAUACAUUGCUGUCAGAAAACAAAUUUUUCUAGAUUUUCUAAUGCUGACUUUAAUACUCUAAUAUGGUACAGACCAAAUGGUAAAAUCCCAAGACAUUUAUGUUUUCAUCUCAAUUUAGGGACAGAAUUAUGCGGACGAAGAUACUCUACUAUGCAUUAAAUUUUGAACUUUAUAAAAUAUGUACAGAAAUUGUACAUGUUAAGUUCCACCUGGUAAUGUCUUUCUUCAGUACAGGGAUUUGCUUGAGUUGGACCCUAAGGGGUUUGCACUAAAGUCCUGCCAAGGUCUCACACAAGUCUAGUGUGCUGGCACUAUCACACUUUAGAUGCUAUCAUUUGCUACCACAGUGACUAUAUAUUUCCAUAGCUUUCGGGAAGGGGGACCAUUUUUAUUACAACUUGAACUUGCUUUGCUGGUUUCAUAUUUAUUUGUUGUAUUUAAAAAUUGCAUUAUUGUAAGAGUGAUUUUUUUCCAGUAUAUUUUAUUCUUGGGGGUACAGAAGGGGGAGAGUCACCGCUAUAAUGUUGAAAAGCAAAUUAAGAAUUUGUUCUGAUUGCCCCCUCUUUAAGUAGAAUGAAUUACAAAACCCCAUUUUUUUUUUUCUUUUUAGUGUCAAUUCUUGUUUAUUUAUUCUUUAGCUGUCUGUUUUAGUAGCUUAAUGAUUGUGUAUGAAGACGUGUUUGUAUGUGGUUAUUGCUAUUUAUUACAUUUUGAAUACUUUGCUGAAUGUCAUUUUAAAGCAUGUUUGAGGUCUUGUGUAUCUGUCCUGUAUGCCGUCAGGAAGACCUGACAAAAAUGUUUUAAUAUGUAUCAAAAUUAAAAUAAUUUUUUUUAUUGCCUUGGGGUACUUUUUAAA